AUGGCCGACUCUUACCAAUCAUCUCAUUAUGACCACCCCAUCCCCGACAUGAGCAAGCCAUUUGACUUGAGAUGUCCCGACAACACAGACCUCUGGCGUAUUCCUCCAUCAACAAAUCGCGGCAACACACCUCACAUCUACCGUACCGUGACGGCCUCAGACUUCAAGUCAGCAAAAGUGACCGUCUCCGGCCCCUGGACCAAACUCUACGAUCAAGGCGGGCUCUGCAUGAUCAUCGAUAUACCUGGCGCUCAGCAGAACAAAUGGGUGAAGACCGGAAUCGAGAUGUUGAACGGCAAGCCUCGUGUCAGUGUCGUUGGUACUGAUACCUGGUCUGAUUGGAGUUUGCACCCGAUCGUCGCGGCUGACAAAGUAUCUGCCACCAUCGAGAUGGUUGUCGAGCAUGACCAUCUGUGGGUCUAUCUUCUUGGUGACGACGGCGAACGCCACCCAAUGAGAGAGAUCGCUUGGUGGAAUGCCUUGCCCAAGGACGCACAGUGCAAGGUCGGUGUCUCAGCAGCGAGACCGGCCAGUGAUGGGGGUGAAUUGAUUGUACAUUAUGAGAAUUUGAUCACCAGCGCAUAG